GUCCCCCCUUUGCUUCUUACUCUCAUCUUCAACCCUAGAAACUAUCUACUUUCACUUCCAUCAUGGCUGAAACACCUGGAGAUGCCGUUCCUGCUGCUCAGCGAGGUAGCUGGUCAUCUUUUCUGAAAGCUAUUGCUUCGAUGUCUGGCGAUUUGUCGUCUAUGACCGCACCGCCCUUCAUCUUAUCUCCAGUGUCCUUGACAGAGUUCCCUGCAUACUGGUGUGAACACCCAGAAUUAUUCGCGGCUAUAGCAGAUCAGAAAAACGAAGAAGAUCGGGCAAUUGCAGUUCUCAAAUGGUUUGUUAGUACACUGAAAGGUCAAUACACCUCGCGCAAUGAAUCUAUGGGAUCUGAGAAGAAACCCCUCAACCCCGCCCUUGGAGAGUUAUUCUAUGGGCAAUGGCCUAACAAAAACGGCCGCGGUCAGACUGACCUUCUAGUUGAACAAGUUUCACAUCACCCUCCUAUCACAGCGUAUGUCAUCCACAACAAGACAAAAGGAAUCAAACUGGUCGGCCACAAUGCACAGAAAACCUCGUUCAGCUCCGGCUCCAUUAUUGUGAAGCAAAUCGGGCACGCCAUUCUAACGGUCGAACUGCCUUCAGGCGGAACUGCCAAAUACCUGGUCACGUUACCCAAACUGCGAAUAGACGGCGUAUGGUACGGCUCGCCCUACAUCGAGUUAUCCGAAACCUCGUACAUCAUUUCCCAGUCUCACUUCUGCACAAUCGAGUACAAAGGCAAGGGCUACUUCACUGGAAAAUCCCACUCUUUCAAAGCGACACUCUCUCCCACACCUGGGCACGGUGGUGCAUCUAAAGAACAUACCAUUGAGGGAACUUGGCACACUACAAGUAAAUACGCAAGUGGUCCGCGCUCCGGUCAAGGAUUCCAUGACGUAACAGGCCCCAAAGAGGAAGUUACAGCGAUUGGAGGAAACGCUGAUGGAACUAUGGGUCCCUUCGAAACGAGAGAGUUGUGGAAGUAUGUCGCGAAGGGCAUCAGGGAGGGUGAUUUCGAGACUGCUAGUAAGGAGAAGAGCAAAAUAGAGAACGAGCAGCGACAGCGAAGAAAAGACGAAGUUGCUGCUGGCACUUCUUGGAAACUCACACAUUUCGAACAUAUUGAUAGCGAUCCUCUUUAUGAACAGUUUGGAAAAGUUGGGAAGAUUACACCACAAACGGAUGAUGCCUAUGUCUUCAAGGAAAACUGGCCUCCCGUACCGUCUCCCAAUCCCUAAAGUGCUCUUGACCGGCUCACGAGCUAGAGCACGUUGGGUAUCACACUUACAGUACACACGUUUCCGUGAAUCGUGAUGAUGUUUCAAUCGUGAUGAUGUUUGUUGGACUGUUCUUUGCGGAUUCAAUUGUACACAUUUACGCUCUACUUUUUUUUUUUGUGGUAAUUGAUAAAUUCAGCUUUGUAAUUACUUUGCGCAUUUUCCGUAGACUCUAAUUGCUAUCACCAUCGAGCGAAGUGAAGAUGUCAUGCAUCCCGGGUGGACCAAAGCUUAGUUACGGUCUCCCAGA